AGAGACUCCUUUUCUGAAGCAUAAGCUUCAGAAGAUGCUCAAAUGGCUUCAACGGGGCCUCAGGUUGGAGCUAUCGGAUUUAGAUGAGAUAUUAGAUAAGAUUGCGUUGUCAAUGGCCGAUAAGACUACAGUUAAUGAACUCCUUGAGUACACGGCAGAGCUGUUGGCUGCAAGAACAACCAGCCACCCAGACUAUUCUUUGUUGGCCGGGCGUGUUGAGGCUGUCAAACUUCAGAAGAUGGUAUCAAACUCAUUCAGUGAUUCUAUGCUGAAAUUAUACUACAACUAUCAUCCCAAGACCAACAAACAUACUCCUUCUGUUAGCAAACAGGUGUACGACGUGGCGAUGAAAAAUAGGGAUGUCUUGGACACGGCAGUGGAAAGUGAGCGGGACCUCACAAUUUCUUACUUUGGAAUCAAGACUCUAGAAAGAUCCUACUUGAUUAAGGUGAACGAAAUCCCCACUGAGACUCCUCAAUAUCUUUUCAUGAGAGUUGCUUUGGGUAUCCAUGGCGGAGAUGUGGAAGAUGCGAUUGAAACGUACAACUUGAUGUCCAAAAAGUACAUUAUGCACGCAUCGCCUACGUUGUUCAGUGCUGGCACCGACUAUAACUUCUUAAGUUCUUGCUUCUUGCUCGCGAUGGAGGAUGACUCGAUCGAUGGAAUCUACAAGACGUUGCACAAAGCCGCAUUGAUUUCCAAAGCGUCGGGUGGUAUUGGCUUGCACAUUCACAAUGUUAGAGCUAGAGGUUCGCUAGUGUCCACUUCGGGUGGGAAAUCCUCUGGAUUGGUGCCAAUGUUGAGAGUGUUCAACGACACAGCCAGAUACGUUGACCAAGGAGGCAACAAGCGUCCAGGUGCGUUUGCAGUCUUCCUUGAACCUUGGCAUACCGAUGUGUUUGAAGUACUUGACUUGAGAAAAAACUAUGGAAAAGAAGAAUUGAGAGCUAGGGAUUUGUUUUAUGGGCUCUGGAUUCCAGACUUGUUCAUGCAAAAGGUAAAGGAUGAUGAGGACUGGUGCUUAUUCAGUCCUGAUGUGAGUCCUGGGCUAUCUGAUUGCUAUGGUGACGAGUUUAAGGCGUUGUACGAGAAGUAUGAAAGAGCCGGUGAUGCGGUUCGAGUGGUCAAAGCCCAAAAAUUAUGGCAAAGUAUUCUUGAAUCACAAACGGAAACUGGUGGCCCAUAUAUGAUGUAUAAAGAUGCAUGCAACACGAAGUCUAACCAGAAGAACUUGGGGACCAUUAAAUCUUCGAAUCUUUGUUGUGAGAUUGUGGAGUAUUCUUCCAAAGAAGAAACCGCUGUGUGCAAUCUUGGGUCUUUGGCCUUACCAUCUUUCGUUAACGAAGAUAAAGACAGCAUCUCCUUCAAUUUCAUGAAACUUCAUGAGGUGACAAAAGUUCUUGGAAAGAACUUGGACAAAAUUGUAGAUAUAACGAGGUAUCCUGAUGAAGGUGCUGAAACCUCGAACCGAAAACAUAGACCAAUAGCUAUUGGAGUCCAAGGACUUGCUGAUGUUUUUGCCCUUUUGAGAAUACCAUUUGAAUCAAAAGAAGCCAAGAAGUUAAAUAUCCAGAUUUUUGAAACCAUCUACCACGCUGCUGUUGAAGGGUCAAUCGAAUUGGCUAAAAAGCAUGGAGCAUACGAAACAUUCAAAGGCUCUCCUGCUUCCCAAGGAAUGCUUCAGUUUGAUUUUUGGAAUCACAAACCUUCGGAUCUUUUUGACGACUGGAAUGACUUAAAGGAGAAUAUGAUGGUGUAUGGACUCAGAAACUCGUUGUUGGUUGGUCCAAUGCCAACGGCAUCCACGUCGCAAAUCUUGGGCUUCAACGAAUGCUUUGAGCCUUUCACUUCCAACAUCUACAGCCGGAGGGUCACUUCAGGAGAGUUUCAAGUAGUGAAUAAGUAUUUGAUCAAUGAUUUGAUAGAGUUGGGACUUUGGAACCAGGACUUGAAAGACAAAAUCCUUUUGGCUGAGGGGUCCGUACAAGGGAUUCCUGAGAUUCCGGUGGAAAUAAAAGAGCUUUACAAGACGGUUUGGGAAAUAUCUCAAAAGGUGAUUUUGGAAAUGGCUGCUGACAGGGGCCGGUUUGUUGACCAGCUGCAAAGUAUGAACAUUUAUAUGAAGAACCCCACAUACUCCAAGUUGACCAGUUGUCACUUUUAUUCCUGGAAAUUGGGCUUGAAAACUGGAAUGUACUAUCUCAGAACCCAGGCAGCUUCAAGAGCAAUUCAAUUUACAAUAGAGCGAACAAACGAUAAAGUCAGCACCCCUGCUUAUGAGCUUUCGCCGUUGAGAAGAAAGAGGUAUGUUGAAACCAGUGGAACUAUAGAAACCACACCAGCCAAAAGAAUUAAAUAUGAGAGUAUCACCCCCAUUUCACUGGUAAUGACACCCAAGAAGGAAGAUGACGUUGAUAUUUACGAUGAAACUAUCCGAUACUGCAAAAUCGACGAUUCUAACCCUUGUGACUCGUGUUCUGGCUGAUGCGUGUUUUAUUAAUUGUACAUAGAAGCCAUGUAAUACUGUAUAUACUUAUACCCCAUACUCCAUUUAUCUUCUUCUACUAGAGAAAUUAGAAACUUGUUUUAAUCCUUCCUUUGUCACAAAACAUGUUCUUUUCUUAUCGUCAGACCAAACAAGCACACCGAUUUCGCUGGCAUAGUUCCUCAAGGACUCAUAGUCUAUUUGGUUGUUGAAUUCUCUGAACAAAUACCCAUCGAAAGUUUGAAUUCUGUCCAACUCCAACUGCCACAACUUAAUUUGAUCAACAACGUUGGGAGGUAAUAUUUCAAGUUUGUGUUGCAUCGGAGCGUCUGUAGAUUUGCCAGUAGCAGUGUUGAUGUUGUUGCUGGCAUCAAACUCUAUCUUCUUAUCAAGCUUUUCUUGCGCUAGCAUUUUCAUCUGAGGAUGGGCAUGAGUUUCCAAGAACUUAAUGACCUGUCCGGCAGUUAUACCAUUAUAUAAUGCGUUCCUUAUCGACUCUCUUGUGAUUUGGCCGGUCACCAUGUUAGCAAAUCUUGUUCUUAGGUGAACAAAUAAAUUUAAUAUGGCAAUUUCCAAAGGACUUUGGGUAUACGAAUACACUUUAAAGUUGGUUUCGAUGAUGAUGGAUUCUUGUCUCUGCUUGGAGUCGGUUGAAUCAAUACCCGAGUUGGCUUUGUCUAUGGCCAUGGAAGGAGUUUGUAAAGAAUUAGAAUCAGAAGUCAAAGUGGUGGCUAAUCUAGUUGGAUAAAACUUGUUUGAGGUCGCAGAUCUCUGAUAUACCAAUCCAAAAUCUCUUAGAUCAGAGAGCAUUUCAAUCUGAGUAU